GUUUGUUCUGGGGUGAUCCACAUUUUAGGACACUAGAUGGUGGGAAUUAUACGUUCAACGGCCUUGGUGAAUAUGUAAUGAUCGACGCACAAGAUGGGGUAUUCCAACUACAAGCCAGGACAAGCCUUGCCCUACAAAAUUCAACUACUGCCACAAUUUUCUCAGCCGGAGCUGCUAAAGAAGAAAACACAAGUGUCGUUGAAGUAAAAGUGAAGAAAGGAGGUGUGACAUACUCGGAUACAUAGUAGCAAUCAGAUUGUCUAAAUGACCUGAUUAUUCUUUUCUGAUCGGUCACACUGAGGCCACAAAAUUCACACUUUGCUCACUGUGUGCUCAACGAUUCAGCUUUUUUUCAAUGCAGUAGAAACCUACGUAUAAGACCCUAAAAUUUAGGAACCUGUUAGGCUGAAAUUUUCAUUUUAAACCCCUUUUCAUAAGAACCUGUUAAGCCUAAAAUUUUCAUUAGAUUUUUAUUUUACAAAAAUGAAGGCACCCUGAAAAUACAGAAAAAAAAUUUAGUCUAGGUUUCAGUCAUCAAGAUUUAAAGAAUAAACUAAAAUGAAAACCAUAUCAUGUCUUUGCCAAUACUGGAUCACACAGUGCAAUUAUUAAGAAUACAGAUCUAUGUGUCACUGCAUGCAGCAUGAAGGACAUGCAUGCUAGUACUUUGGAAAGAUAAAUUUACUGUAUGGUAAUCAUCUAAACUGUAUUCUAGAUAAUUAUUUAAUACAGCAAUAUAUUCCAUACCACAUAUACCCUGUAGUAGUUUUCUGUGCUGAUCGCUAAUGUCCCUAACAAAUUAAGAACCUGUUUAAGAAUUAACCUAAGUAGUCUAAAAUCGCACUAAAUACCAUUUCUAUAAGAACCUAUUUAGGCUAAGUUGGAAAAAUCUAGGUUCUUAUACGCGGGUUUUUACUGUAUCCAAAAACUUAAAGACAUGUAAACGUUUUAUUUUUUUUUAGGUGGAAUCGACAUUUUGAUUGAAGAAACAAUUUACCCUAACUACGCCAAUCUGACGAAUCAAACCAUAGAUGUCGGCGGAAACCUUUCGUUCUCGAAACCAGAAGCAAACUGUGUAGAGGUUUAUUUUCCCUCAACAACGUCCGUGCAGUUCUGCGAGAAAAGAGAAAUGCUCUCCUUUGUGGUUACUCUUAGCGAAGAUUACAGAAACAGCACCAGAGGAUUACUGGGUACUUGGAAUGAUGAUCCUAAUGACGACUUCACAUUGCCUGAUGGGACGGUAUUGCCUCCAUCUUUAACAUCAAGGAAAAUUCACUUCGAUUUUGGCGUUAAGUGUGAGUUUUUUUAUUACAUAUAUGAAAACCGUUUUCGCUUGAAAAGUAUGAACACUGCCCAGUGGGACGUAAUGGAUUUAUGGGUAGACUUUUUUUUUACCAUUGCACAUUUAAAGUUCUUUCCGGAAAAGUUUACAUUAUCUAAGCUUUCCGCGACGAUGUAUUCCAAAAGCGUCAACUGACGACUUCCAGCUUUCUUGGCGAUAAGCUGACAGUUUCACCUGUGCAAGGCACAUCAGAGAUCUCUAUAGUUAAAGAGCGUAACCAUAUCGCUAACGCACACUUAAAAAUCAACGUAAGAUAGGAUCGACGUAAGCGCUUUCUUGAAAGACAUAUAAAAGACAACGGCAACGUUGAUUCGUCUGACAACUUUCUUUCUUGCAUCGUGUAGUUAAGAAAAAAAAACAUCUUUCUUGUUUAACGCUUUUAUUUUUUCAGGGCAAAUCAAUCAGUCUCAGUCAUUGUUUACGUAUGCUCAAAAUGAAAGCGUAGAUACCUUUGCGAAACCGGACUUUUUGCCUAUGUUCAUUGAAAACAUAACGUGGUUUAACGCAUCUGUGGAGAGAGGCCAGGACUCGAUGUGGAGAUGACAUCGAGUGCUUAUUCGACGCUGCAGCCACCAACGACGUGUCUAUUGGACUGGUAACAAAAGAUAUAAAUACUCAGUUUGAGAACGAAACAAACAUCCUCGGUAAGUCACCUGAGGAAUUGUGUUGCUAAGGGAAAGGUGGGGAGUGGGGGGGGUACUGCCAUAUAUGGGCUAGAUACAUUUACGUAUGUCCCGCUCCAUGGGGUGUGUCUUUUUUGAGGGUUUUGAUCUUUUGCGGCAUCAUUUUUGCCCUUGUUCGCGUUGUUUUUGCCAGUGUUAUCUUUCGAUUCUUUGUGUUGUAAUAAUAUUUUUUCCUAAGCAUUUUAAACUAAAAACAAACAUCUGUUCACCUGUGGAUUUUUACAAUCAUGCUAGUUAGGCACAAUUGUAACAUAAAUGUUUUCGGCACGUUUGGCCCUGGUUGAAGUGGUUGACAUCGGACCGAGCCACGCAGGUUUUUCCUUAAUGUGUAAUGUGCUUUAUUAUUUCCUUAAACCAAGAUCUUAGUUGAAUUCAUCUUAAUGGUGAUCUACAAUUGUGACAAACAGUAGCCAACCCGAUUCCUCGAACCCUGGAAGAGAAAGAGAAUUGUUUAGAUAAUGAGGAAAAACCGAGGGUAAAAAUCAUAAGGAAAAAGAAAGUCAAUAUUGGUGGGAAUCGUCGAGAAACCGACAGUUCGUGAAAACAAUAUUCUAAAAUGUUUUGUUCUCUACCGUAGAAAAUUUUCCUCCAGUGAUAGUAAAUUCCUCGGAUGUAAUAAAUGCAACGCUUGAUGGAAUUGUUCAGUUUAAUAUUACUGCGGAGGACAAAGACACUGUAAAGUUUGAAGUGAUUAACAAACCUAAAAGUGCCACGGUAACACAAAGUGGAAACGUGCUCUACUUUUAUUGGCCUGUAUUGUCGUCACAAAAGGUACAUAACUUUAAACAAUCAGUGCGACCCAGCAUAAUCUGCUUCACAACCGUUCUAUGGGUUGUCACGCAACGCUCCAGUGGGGUGGACCGUUCCGUGACUACCCAAAGAACGGCUGUGCAGCAGAGACUAGGGUCACUGUUACGAAAACUAAAGCGCGUGUAAAAGUUUGUGAGGUGCUUUGGGUUAUAGUAUCGCGAAGUAUUGUUAUUGGUUGUUUGUAUUUUGGCGAGCCCGUAGCGCGACUCAAACAAACAAGUUGUAAAAUACAAUAAACCAAAACAACGAAUAGCGUAGAUACCGUAAAAUUCCGAAAAUAAGCCCCUCCAAAUAUAAACCCCCAAUCUGGUAACGCAAAAUCGCUACGUUAAAUCGUCCCUCCAGUUAUAAGCUCCCCGGGGCUUGUACUUGGAAAAUUGCCCUCAAAUACAAAGUAAAACAAAGCAAAAAAACGGUAAAUUUACUUCCAACUAUAUGGCUAGCCCGGUCGAUUUUGAAACGCAAAUUUCCCUCCGUAGAUAAGCCCCUCCGACUAUAAGCCCUUCCAAAAAUAAGCCCCUCAAAAAGGGCCUUUGAAAAAUAUAAGCCCCGCGGCUUAUUUUCGGAAUUUUACGGUAUAUGAAACAAGGAAGAGCGUCAACUUUAGCCGCUUUUCGUAGAAUGGUUAGGCAUGAAGAGAACUAAUGAGAAUAAAAUGAAUCCAAGUUAUUUGUGAUUAAAAGAAGCGGUGGGAGGAGGGUAUAUCAGCACUACCUUAACGAUCACAGACCUCAGUAUGAACUCCGUCAACCAUAGACGCAACUUAUUUCCCAGGGCCAAGUUGUUCGAAGGCCGAUUACCGCUUAACCCGGGGUUAAAUUUAACCCGGAUUUCUCUUUCUUAUGUUCAAAAGCAUUUUCUCGGAUAAUUUUCUCUGUUAUAUUUAGAGCUUUCAAUCAUCGACUUGUACACAAGGUUUCAAAUCUGAAUUCAAAUCUCGCACUAACCCUGGGUUAUCUUAAACCAGCUUUGAACAUCUCGGCCCAGGUUCACUCUCUAACCCUUUGGGACGGGUACGUGAGGACCAUGGGAACGAGGUUGCCAUAGACGAAGGCAGGAGCAAUAGAGAAAGGCCCUAGGAGAAGGGAUGACUAGAAGCGAUUGCAUUUGGGUAAACAUAAAAACAGAGGCCAGAUUUCGUUUAGUCAAGUUUAUCAGAGUUUGUAUGAAGGUGUUUGCUUUAAUAAUGCCGAAUAAUUUGCAUAUGUGACAAUGAUAUUACCAAUAAUAGAUGUUUCUUUCAGUAAUUUAUACUUUAAAGCUCGAAGUUAACGAAAAUGAUCAAAUUCAUUCAAACUGCUGUCACCUAACCAAAAAAGUAAAUUCAGAUUUUUAAUUUUUGUUUUUGUUGUUACUUUUUUUUUUGUCGCUUUUCUCUGGUCAGUUCAAUCUAUCAAUCGUUGCUACUGAUGACAAAGGUGCAAGCGCACUUUGGAAUCCAACAAUUAGGAUGUGCGCCUGCAACAACGAUGGACAGUGCAUAGAGCCAGAAGAGGGUGAUUCCAUCAACACCGACAUCAAGUUUAUUUACAUGGGAUGUGCAUGCCAAGGAGGUUAUACGGGAAGGUUCUGCGAAAGUGAAAUUGAUGCCUGCGAAUUGAAUGGUCAGCCGUGUUACAUAGGAGUUACAUGCAUUGAUCUUGACCCACCAGCAAAUGUCAGUGGAUAUAUUUGUGGGCCCUGUCCGACAGGAUUUACCGGAGAUGGCGCUCAGUGUUUAGGUGGGUAUGGCUAUUGUGAUUCAAAUUUGUCCUCCGUUUAAAUUUUGUGUUCCCUUGAUUUUGAGUAUUUUCAUGAAUGAUAAUGAGUUUAGUGAGGAAGAGAGACAAAAAAAGAAAUUUUUUAAACAAGAACAUAGCGUUGUUAAUUAUUAUUUUAUUACGCGUGCCAGUAUGACUCCAAGAGACCUCUUUAGCACGAAAUAAAGGCUAGUAAAUGCCCAUCUAAAGAGAAAAAACAGGGCCAGGAAAGCGAAAGAGGAUAGGAGGAGAGAAAGCGAAAAUUUGAAAAUUUGCAUUGUUCGUAAUGAAAGCUUAAAUUUAGCAUCAGGGGCUGAAGGCAGCGCAGUCCUCGACAUCGAAAAGGAAUUUGGGGCGGUAUUGAUUCUUUAUAGUCAGACAGUUAGACCAGAAAACGGCUCGAACAACUGCAAAAGGCGUUACUUAAUUCUGGCAAAAUUCCGAGUAGCUUAUGAAUGGAAUGAAUUGAAACAUUAUUUGAGCCCUUUCAGAAGGAUUAAACACCUACCAUGUUGGGAAAUGCUGUAACAACAUAAAGGGUAUGCAUUAAAAGACCUUAAUAGCCCAUUUAAGGAAACUUCUCUAAUAUGCAACCUGUUAGCGUUUACAUUAUCGAACUUUUUCCUUAGACAUCGACGACUGUCAGACUAGUAACACAAACAACUGCGAGCAGAUCUGUGUCAAUACAGCGGGAUCCUACUAUUGUACUUGUCGCGAUGGAUUCACCAGUAAAGCGGAUAAACAAAGCUGCGAAGGUGAGAAGCUUUUACUCAACAGAAACUAAUACCAGGGGCGGAUCUGGGGGAGGGUGCAGGGGUGCGCCCCCCCCCCGAGAUGACCUGCGGUUUUUUAAUACAACUGGUAUUCUGCAAAAAAAACUAUGUGGUUUAUUGGUGUUGAAGUAGAACAAGAGACGAGUGCACCCCCUCCUAAAAAAAAUCCUGGAUCCGCCCCUGAAUACUCUAAAUGGGACUUCUGCUAAGAUAACGUUGUUAGCACAUUCUUUUCACAAAAUGACAAAACAUUAUCUAUCUAAAAUUGGAUUAGUCUCGCCAAAAGGUUUUCAAAGGCAUAUUGUACCAGCCGUUUUUGUCUGCGUUGCGUGACGAGACGAAAACGGCGGUAGCGUUGCACAUCCAAAAAAGGCAAGGAUGGCCGUACAAAGUUGAAAAAGAUUACAAUGGAUUGCAUUGAUUGUAGUUUUUGAAAAGCUGUCUGCCUAACAGGCUUUUCAAAUUUCAAUUUGUUGUUUUUAGCUUUGCCGAUAUAAUAUUUGGGAAAUAUCUGGGACUUUCUUGGGAUAUUUGUUUGACAUGAAGCUGUGUUUGUAUCAUUUACAAGUAAUUUCUUCGCUAACGUUAGGUUUCAUAGCGAAUAAGGACGCGUAAUUUUGGCGUAGCCCCUUCGUUUAUUUGUUGAUGGAAGCCUUAAAUGCUAAUUUAUCUCUUUGUUUACAAACUGUAACGGAGUCAUGUGGACACACCCUUAAAAUAAUGACCAUGCAAUCAAUUAUAUUACUAGAAUGUCUUUAUUUGCUGUAUAGAUGUCAAUGAAUGCGAGCCAUCAAAUGACUGCAUGCACCAGUGUGAUAACACGCCGGGAAGCUUUAACUGUUCUUGUAAUGAGUUUUUCGUGGUAGAUCCAGCAGAUUGGAGAAAGUGCGUGGGUAUGCAUUGUAUUUCUUUUUUCUUGUCUUUUUGUCUGUAGUAACACCCAUUUAUUUAUUUGCCAUGGGAGGUUUUCUGCCAAUAGUAAUAUUGAAAGUGUAAAUACGUAACCGUUGGAAUUUGACUGAUUAUAUAAUCGAUCAACGGGAUGAUUUCUGAUCAAUAGUUUUGUUUUUCUUACUUUUUAGCAACGAACCCCUGUUCUCCAGAUCCUGGCUGUGACCAUGUGUGUUUCAGCGAUGCCAAUAAUCAGCCAAACUGUGACUGUUUUGCAAACUUCAAACUUCAGAGUGAUGGAAGGACAUGUACAGGUACUUGAUAUUAUAAGGAUUCUGCCUUUGUUGAUAAUGAAGGCGCGAAACAAAGCCGACCUGGCAGAGGUGUCAAUCAUAUUUCCUAACAAAGCAGCCCAUAUAUAUUAUAUAUAACAAAGAAUAAAAAUUAUUCAGCAGAAAAAAGGCAAAACAGUAAUUUAAGUAGUAAGGAGGGAUAAAUACAAGAUACGUGUAAGUAUUGUCAUCAUUACCGACAAGAAAGGAUAGAGCUUUAUCCUCUCUUGUUACCGAACCACCGUAACAACAUGCUCCUUGCGAUGGAAUAACUGUAACAAAUUCUUCCAACCCCUCUCGUGUUUGUAUCAGGCUAUGCAAACACGAAAAACGUUUUCUAUUCCUUAAAUAUAUAAAUGGAUCCCGCGCUUUGACUAAGGGCUGUUGCAAGCAAUCCCCCCUCCCUCCUGUCACCCCCAUAACGUAUGCUAAACAGGCUUACGAAUAUCUUUCUCGUAUACACUAGAUUAUUCCUUACCCAAAAUCCAACUUUACGUAGAGACCAGACGGUAUAUCAGUCAAAGGACGACAACCCGUUUCAGUACGUGGGUCUCAGGAAACUCAUAUUUUCACCACAAAAAAUGCACAGAAUCCAGAAUCGGUUUGCUGCAGCUUGUAAAUGUCGCUCAUUUUCACACACCCGCGAGUCGCCGAGGUUUAAGCACUACGCGAUGUCUUCUGUGCAUGUUAGCUCUUUAGCUGGGAUAUACUUAAAUUAAGCAUUUUUUCUCAGACAUCAACGAGUGUGAUCCGGCUACGCCUCUCCAUCGAUGUAGCCAUAUCUGUCAGAACAUCCCUGGAGGAUAUAAUUGCUCUUGUCCAGGAGGAUAUCGAUUAUCCGACGAUGGGUACACUUGCGAUGGUAAUGUUUUGGUCUUUUUUUCCAAUAACUAAGUACAUUUGUACGUUAAGAUAACACCAGCAGUGUGAGUUCUCCCUUAUUUUUGGAGAAAAUUUCAUUUUGUUCUAGUUCUCCUAGCGAGACUGAUAUUGCCAGUCAAUCAUAUGCCCCGAACACACCUUUGACUUAGGCCUUAACGCCCUUGAGUACUGAUAAAACCUACUACGGUCAACUGUCCUCGGGACAGAAACCGUAUGGGCCACUUGCCUGUCUUAUGGGGAGUCGAAGGAAAUUUAGCCUAAGGGUCCGAUAUGGGGCUACAAGGACGAACUCUUUGUCUCUGUUAAGGAGGCUAUAUUUCCAUCUUAUAGGGGUGUCUGACACUGUAUUAAAUGGUUGUCAGCCUAACAGAGCCGAAGAAAAUUCAGUUCUAAGGAAGCGUUAAGGAUCACCGUUUUAGGGAACGUAUCCACCGUUUUGUCUAUUUAAUAAUUAAACCACGAGUGCGCGUUGGAUAUUUGGUGGUAGUAGCCAAGGAGGCGCGUAGGGCCUCGUUGGCCGAUAUCAUCUCAUAUCCAACAAGCGCGAGUGGAAUAAUUGUUUUAUUAAAAACGCCCAUAAAAUAUCGAGAAUCAGGCUUCCCGACUUUAUUUGUUCAAACAACCGAUUUUCGAUUUGCCUUUCGUUUUCGAGCAGACGCGUACCGUUACCCUAUUUUGAAAGCACGAUAUAAUGGCUCAUAUACCAUGAUGGCUAAGCCAAUCAGAGCUCUAGAAUCGCAUCAUCCAAUGAUUCAGUUUUUCAUAAUUCCAAAUGUCCCAUAAUACGCUUUGUUUAUUCUCCCUGCCCCCAAAUUAUGCAUAACCUGUUGUUUUCAAAUGCUCCUGAGAAAAUUGCAUAUUCCGUAGAGUAUUGAAAACAAAACUUUAUGCAGCAUUUAGGGGCGGGCGGGUAAACAGAGUGCAAUAUGGGGGAUUCCAAAAUAGCCAAUAAAGAUGUCCUUUAAGUUAGUGUUCAAAUUGGCAAAAAACUGAAGUAUUCCACAUUUUUUUUACUUUCCAGAUAUUAAUGAGUGUGUAGAUGACAGGUUGUUUAACUGCACGGACGUUCAAAGGUGCAUCAAUGACAUCGGUACUUACAGAUGUGACUGUGGAGAGAACCUUUUCUUUAUUGAUGGACAAUGCAGAGGUAAUGAUGUAAUGGGGACACAUAUGGUCAAUUAUUUGACGAACAGUAUCUUUAUUAGACUUAAGAUAAACUUUCGAUUAAAAUAUUCCAAGAAGCCUUCAGCUUGAGAUUGGAAAAAAUACUUUAUUCUACGAAGAAUUACUACAGUCACCUUCAGUAAGGUGUUUAUCACCAGAGACGGGUGUAGAAAAUCCUCCAACGAAAUCGAAGCGAUGAUCUUCAGAACUCUAGUAAUCGUUAGCAUGAGCUAGAUCUGACUGGGAAAAAUCGAAAAAGCUUUCAAAUAAUGAGUGUCCUUGAAUUGCCGGAAGAAGUAUAGAGAUUUUUGCUAUUUAAGAUUUCAUGGCCACGGCCCGAAACCUUUUGAACAGUCGAAUGGGGCUUCACUGAAGGAAGAAGAUAAGAAAGUUAAAACCCGCGACGUGAUAUUCAGUUAAGACAUCUAUGUCUCCAAAUAGGAUUCUGAAUGUUGACUUAUCUUAUUUCCUCAAGUGUACAAAACUUUUUCAUAGAUUUUAGAAAAUAAGAACCUGUUUCAAAUUUAAAGCUAAACAGGUUCUUGUAUAUAAGGGUCCUAACUGGCAAAUUGUAGCCUAACAGGUUCCUAAAAACCAGGUUCUUAGCCGUGCGUGUUUUUAACUGCGAUAAUUGUUAUUACGUCAUAGCUCUGGAGAUAAACGAGACAAUCCCUACCCCCCCGCUUGCUGAGCCGCGAACGCCAUCAGCAGAAGAACAACUGGAGGCGGUGCAGAUAACCAUUCUUUAUAAUAGCACUGUAAGCAUUUUUUCUUGUAUUAAUUGUUAGUAAUUGUGUGUCUUUCUUCAAACGAUUUAAUGCGAGGAAAAAUAUACAUAUGCCCCCGCCCCCCUCCCCCCGCCCCCCUCCCCAUCAUCUAUGCAAAAAAGUGUUCGUCAAUGAUAUCAAUUAUAAACUUCUUGAAGUUGGUGAAACUCACUCUUUAAAAAAAUCACAGCAUAUAUUUGGUUUGUGAGGAAAGGUUUAUAUUAUAAUGGUAAGUCAGUUGUACGUAAUCUUAAUAUUGUACAACGUGACAUUAAUAAUGGUAAUUGAUGUAUUUAGUCUGAAAUCAUACACGUGAUUUCCAUUUGAAAUCGCGCUAUGAUUCAGAACAAACUUAAACUACACUCAGUUCAAUCACCACUUUAUUACAACCAUUUUGAAAUCACAGAAUUCAAACAGUCAGUACCAAUAUUUAUUUGAUCUAGUAGCCAGUUUGUUGAAAAGCGGAAACAAAGGGCUUUUUCAUCUUACUUUGUACCCGAAACAGAAAUGAUGUAAUAGAGGACGAAAAUGGUGCGCGAUUUAAAACAGGAAUAAUGCAAUUUAGAACAUGAAUGACGCGAUUUAGAACAAAUGUUAUUUAGAGCAAAAAAUCGUGUGACUCGUGAAUAAAUCACACUGCUGAGAGCCAGUCAGAUUGCAGGGAUCACCAGUGAUUUCAAAAUGGAUAAAAUACAUCGCUGAUAUAAUAUAAUUAUUGCAGCACGAAAGCAAUAUUGCGGUGUCCAAGUUGUGUACCUUUCAGACCUACUUAUCGGGACACUAACUAUCUUUUUACUCUCUGUUUACUUGUUGUUUGAUAGUUCAAAUGGGAUUAUACAACAGACCAGGCUUUUAAAGAAAUAAUGGCGUCCGUUGCGUCCGAAUAUUGUAAUGUGAACAGAACAGAAUGUGCAUUAACCGUUACACGGCAAGAAAGGUAACUUAGUUAUUAAUGGAUCACGAAAAAGCUGUUGUCGUUUACAUUCAAGAUCUAGGCUAGAAAGCUGUUUCGUUUACAUUCAAGAUCUAGGUUGCAAUAGUUUUCUUGAUAAUUUGAUAAAACUAUCAGUCAAAAACAAAAUGGACUAGUUUGUUAUUCCGCACAUUUUUUCUUAAGAUUAAUAUUUGUGUGUUUGAUUACGGGCUCGAAAAGUUGCGGGGACUUAUUGGGACACCGGCCCCUGUGUGUCUUCAACUAGUUUACCUAUACGAGAGGCUUUUGCUUUUAACAAACGAGGGUGUUUCUAAACACAAAUAAUUGGGUGGAGUAACAUCGACGUUGUCUAAGUCGACUUUUUAAAGUUAAUUGUUACUUAAGAAAUUAACUGAGAUAAUUUAUUAGUCCCUACGCAGCAGUCUUAGUGUUUUCAUCGUACAACACUUGGGGAGGAACAUUACGCGACGACAAAAAACGGUUACGAGUGAUACUAUAUAAUAAUUCAUUUAUUUAUUGUUUACUUAUUUAAUGGAUUAUAAUAUUGAUUGAUUGAUUGAUUGAUUAAGUCAUUAAUACGCUUUUUUUUGUCUGUUUGUUUUUUUUUUUUUUCUCAUCAGAAUCGACCUCUAUUUAUCUUUGCGAGUUCAUCUUCUCCCUGGUUAUCCUAGAAACGUCUCGGGUACUUUGCUCGUCGCUUUUUACGUUCAGCAGCCAGUGGGACUUUUUAUUGGAAACCAAUCAGUACUCCCUAGCAGCGCACUAGUUGAAAUUAUUCAGCUUUAUGAACGACAGAUUGAAGCCGCAAUUGGCGCCAAUAUAACUGGUGUGGAAGCUCUUUUCAAGCCUACAUCCACACCUACAGAAUUACCUGUCGCACCAACCAGCAGUAGUGAUGACACCGUGUGGAUUAUAAUUGGUGGUCUUGGUGGAUUGGUCCUUCUACUUUUGAUUAUUUUAAUUGUCGCGUUUGUGUAUAGAAGGUAAGAUAUGUUGACAUAUAGGAAUUAAGAAAUAUUGUUAAUCAGUUUUUCAUAUCGUGCAGUUUAAAAUGACAGUUGAACCUCCAUUAAGCGGCCAGUAAUCAAAGUCCUGAAAUAACUGUAGAAAAGAAUGAGAAAUUAAACCUCUAUUAAGCGGCUACCGUGUUCGAGUCCCGCGACUUGCUGGAUUUGUUCUCGGUCGUCCCGAGCUCAAAUCCUCGGCCACGCUUGUAAAUAGCCAACUGGUUGCCUUCUGCCUGUUGGGGUUUAAAUCCUGUUAUGUUGUAUUUGAAUUAUUUGUUUUCUAAGUAUUUAUUCACUUUGGAUCACUAAGAGAAAGCGCUAUUUGGAUCAUUAUUAUUAGAAAUUAUUAUUAUUAUUAUUAUUAUUAUUAUUAUUAUUAUUAUUAUUAUUAUUAUUAUUAUUAUUAUCUCUCGACAGCGGCCACUUUCUUCUGGCCCCAAGGUGGCCGUUGUGGGAGAGGUUCAACUGUAAUUUACGACGAACCACCUCUGUUGAGAGUCCACCUCCAAUAAGCGGCUACUUGCCGGUACCCCGAGGGUGGCCGCUUAAUAGAGGUUCAACUCACUGUUUGAGGUUUCCUGGAAUCAUUCGUGCUUGCUCAAAGCUGUUUUACAAAGAAAACUCACUGAACAAAAAAAAAAAGGACUUCCUAUACAGCGUACUUAAGGUUAUUCGUCUGAAAUAGAAACUACAGGGAAAUUUUUGUCAAACUUUACCGCUUAAUUUCUUUGAACUCCAAAACUAAAUAUGAUUAUAAUUAUGUGCGAAUAGACGUUUUGAACACGUUUCUGACGAUUUGUUUUUUUCUGCUCUGAGAAUUAGUCUACAUUUUAGAGAGGAAAGCCACUGUUCAUUUUCAAAGAAGGGAAAAAAUGAUCGGACACCAAACUCAUUUAAAAGAAAAUGAAGAUUUACCUCUCUUGGAUUCCCCCCUUAUUGAGGCCCGAAGGGCAAAAAAAAAAUUUUAGGAGACCGCUCCCCUCCUUAUCUCAGGGUCUGGAUGACCGCCCCCACCCCCCCAUCUGAAGGUCUGGAUCCGCAACUGACAAGCCGCUAUGUUUUUGUUGUUGUUGUUGUUGUUGUUGUUUUGCUUGUUUGUUUGUUUGUUUGUUGUUUUUUUUACGCACUUAUCAUGCUUGAAAUAGAGAGCAUCGAUCUCAACGAGAAGUGGCAAAUUCAAACUUCUCCUCAUGUAAGUGAAUCCGGAUUCUGGAAUGCUUGCUUGUGGAUAGAUAGGCCUGCCCCGAUUGUGAUCUGCAACUUUUGGACAACUUCGGGCUUUUGGAGCAAUUUUUUGAGCUUGUAGCAACCGCGAGCAAUUUUUGAGCAAAAUAUAAGUUUAGAGCACAUAUCAAGCACGAAAGAGUCAACGAUUUCAUAGAAAAAUUCAGUUUAUGCGAAUUUCUUCAGAUAGUUAAGAAAGGAUUGUAUUAAAUGAAUAUCAACCUAUGACCACAUAACACUUCGCAUGCCUAAAAAGGCAAUUGUUGCCGUAUGAAUUUAAUUAAUAAUAGCACCCUUAAAAUUUCUGCCAUAAUUGCGAGGAUCUCUUUAAAGCUAACUCCAAGCUAUUUUUCUGGACCGAUGUUAGUAAUUGUUGUGAAGAACAAAAAACUAAAGCAAAAAAAUUGUAAAAAAUAAAAUAAAAUAUGCAGGAAUUUCGGCAGCAACUUUUUGGCAUUCCAGUAAGAAAGUUUCCAGCAUCUUACAAGCACAAUCGGGACAGGCCUACAUGUGGAAUCCGGAAUCCUUCCAGGUUUUGCUGUGCAAUCUGGAAUCCUGGCCUUUGGAAUCCAGAAUACAGCUCAAGGAAUUCGGAAUCAAAGUAAGGAUUGGUAUCCAGAAUCCAAGUUCCACUGACGAAGAAUCAGGAUUCCAGUACCUGGAAUCCUGAAUCCAUGGCAUGGAAUCCAGAGUCUAAGACCGUCUUGGCUUUCUUUACAUGGGGCGACCAGCUAUAAAAAUACUUGUUUAUUAUCAUACUCAUAAUUUUAUACAACAGUGCACCAUUUAGUUCAUUUUCUGAAGAUUACCUAAACAUCAUUAGUAAAAACAGCAUUUAAACGUUUUCAUUGGUUCUGUUUUUAUCAGGAGAAACAAAGGGAAAUUAGAAAUAGACUGGCGAAGAUCAAACUGGAGUCGCGAUCUUGGAGGAGAAGGGCUUGAAGAAAUUUUUGAAAUCUUUUAUAACAACGGAUUCUAUGGACGAGAUAACAACCUAGAAGACUUAGGAGUACUCUGAAUAAUUCUGUUCAGGCUAUUUAUAAAUUUUGCUGUUUCAAAGAAACAAUUUUCAUAAGUCCCGUUUUCGAAGGACUAUUAGUGUAAAAGUUGCUUAUAAGAAAACAGUUAUUUACGUGCGCGCUUGUUGAUAACAAUUGUUCUGCUAAGAAGUUAAUGCACCUUUUUAGACUAUUGAAUGUAACUUAAAUUAGGGUGCGUCUGUCUCUUCCUUAUGUUUAGCCUAACUUUGUUAACGAAAGAGACGAUCCCCAAUUAACAGUAUUUAAACGAGUCAAGAAAUUCUGUCUUGAAUGA